CGUAGUUGAGGUACGUACCGAAUCAUCAGCGACGGUCUUGAGUCCACAUUGUCGCCCGACUCCUCUGAGAAUGAUAAUUGAGCGCGACCUCUUUCCUUUCCGCUGAGACACAGACCUGCCUGGGCUACGACUUCAGUAAUAAUAUCAUGCAGAGCCGGAUCUUGGCCUCGUCAGUCAGCUACCUCCCGCCCUCUCCCGCGUGCGCAUCGUGAAUCCGCUCUGCCCUCAGCGGCAUCGCAAACAACCCCCCACGACUCGACCCUCCCCGAAGUCGCCUUCAUGCCACAGCCUUUCGAAGAUGAAAACCCGCCGACGGAACCGCUCCAGGCAUUGCCCAUGGCAGCCUCGACCAUGAAGUUCCCUAAGACGCGGCACUCAACGUCCACCAUUGAGUCGUUGCCCAGCUCCGAGACCUCCCUGCCCUUCCGCCGUUCUAACCCCUCGAGGGCUUCGCUGUACGCAUCGACGCUGUCACCCCCUGGCUCGAGGUCCAUCUCCCCAGCCGGUCGCGGGUCCCCGUCGCGGGUUCUCUCCAACACCGUUUUCGAUUCCCGGCCGCCCCGAUCCCCCGCCUCCAAUGCCGGAGACAGCCCGGCCGAGCCGCUCAACCUCAUUCUCAAAGCGUACGUCCCACACGUAUCCAUCUACGCCUCUGAGGAUACCGAGGCUUUGAUGAGCGACAAGGGAUUUCAAAAUGGUCUAUGGGAGCUACUGCGCCCUUUUGGCGAGGAUCUACAGGGCAAGGUUACGAUUCGAGAUAGUAAUGGGAUGAGCCGGACCACCGAGGACUUCUCGAUCCGAUUCACGAGAUUCGGCCACGAUGUUGAGCACCCAGACCCCAAGGUCUCAGGUUUCAAGAAUGCUCCGCCACCACAAGGUCAAACUGGGAACCAGGCAAGCACAGCCCGAGAUAAGCAGCUUCUAGCCAACGUCGAAGCAGUGGUGGAGCGGCACCUGUCCUACGCCGAGGAGUCGUUUGCAACUGUGCCGCAGGGCCCCUUUUCCGGACAAGGCUCGGAUGACGAUACGUCGCCAUACUACGCACUUUAUCUACGGCGACUAUUAUCGGGAUUCCAGAUUUCGCCUCAUGAGACCUUUGCACACCCUGUGGCUUGUGUCAUCGCCAUCAGCUCCCGAAACAAGAACCCCAUUGAAGAACUUAGAAGGCUAUACUCGGAGACUAGUCAGGGAGAGAAGAGGCUUCCCGUAUGGGUGGAUGGCGAUUAUCUCCGAUACUAUGUCCUGAUUCACGAUGAAGAGAAGGAUGAUAUUACGCGCUCGAUGGGACUUUUUGACCAAAUGAAGCGUAAUCUUGGUCUCCACUGCCACCUCCUGAGACUGAGAAGCAGCGCGAGCGCCGAGACGGAUGAUGACAGUAUACCACUUCCUCGCAGUGAUUGGAUGUCGGCCACUGAGGAACUGGAAGAUAUUCGACGAAGUCAGGAUGACGAAGACUUUGAGGACCCUACGAUGCAUAUCUUCGAAUCUGAUGCCACGGCGAUCCGGACUUUCGUACGUGAGAUGGUGACACAGUCUAUCGUUCCUACGAUGGAACGACACGUAUCCAUCUGGAAUGAUCAGGUUGCUUCAAGACGUAGAGGCAUUACGGGGCGGUUCAUGAACCUUUCAAGGAAAUGGACAUUUGGAAGCAGCUCACGUUCCUCUUCGGGCAACUCAAGCAGCUCAAAGGAUACCUAUAACAUGGCGGGAUUUUACCAAGCUGAAGCCCCCGAGGCUAUCAUGAGGAAACUAGCCGACUAUGCGUUUAUGCUGCGCGAUUGGAAGCUGGCCCACUCGACGUAUGACCUAUUGCGAUCCGACUUUAGCGAUUCCAAGGCAUGGAAGCACCACGCCGCCGCAAACGAGAUGGCAGCCGCAAGUCUCCUCAUUCUGCCACAGCACUUGUCAUCUAAAAACCGUGCGGAGACGAUCGACCAGAUGCUAGAGGCUGCAUUCUAUUCCUACAACACUCGCUGCGUUGCUCCGUACGGUGCACUGCGGAGCUUGACGCUUGGUCUAGAAUUGCUGCGCCUGCGAGGCGGAACAAGUAUUGAUGAUGCUGGGCGAUGGGGAAUCCGACUCCUAGAGUCGAAGAUCCCUGGAAGCAUUGGUGACGCCUUCAUGAAGGAACGGCUGGGCAUAUGCUACGCUUCUAAGCAAGGUGUAGGAAGUUGGCACUGGGGUUCUCGCCGCCGCAAGUCGGCAGCGUGGCACGUUCUAGCCGCCGAUGCCUGGCUUCAACAGUCCAAGCACAUCCAAGCGCGGCAAUGCCUAGACGAAGCCCACCGGCGGUAUGCGACUCUACCGCACAAAGCGGCGAUCUAUAAGUUUGCUGCGGCAGGUGACUUUAUGUCGUCUCUCCAGAACAGCCUUGCCGAGUCUCCGGACACGUCAGACAACGAGGAGGGCCCAGCGGACGACGACGAUGCCGACAUCGACGAGGAGAGCGAGGCGUUGACUGAUCUGCGCGCGCGACGGGUUAGCACCGUGGGCAUGGUCGGUUUGGAGACGGCGCCUCUACACCGAGACGCCUCUGCAGAAGAGGAAGCGUCCGAGCCCAGCGCACAGAAGGAUUUUGAUUAAUAGGUAACAGAUCGCAGCUGGAAGGGCUGAGUGAGAGGGUUUACGAACGCAUCAUGACAACUUUUGGUAGGAUGACGGGAGCCAUAUAGACAGAGACAGCACUGUAAAGGGAAGGUUUCGGGGCGCUCCAAAAGAGCGUAUGUGGCUUGGAGAAUACACUAUUAUUAUUGACAUAUUUCUUCCAUCUUUGCCUGGUGUCAUCAAGUCGCCGAGCUGUUCAAU